UUAACAAACGGCUCUUCACUAACGUUUUAGCGGCAGAUUUCUCACUCCGGCGCGCCAACAUGCGCUCCGGCAAACGCGGAUCGCCAAACACAAACUUUGUGAGAGCGCAGCGCCAGGGCGCACGGGAUGUCGCGCGCCGUGUUUAGCGCGAGCGCGGCUGUCGCCGGGGUGACCGCGUGAAGUUGUGAGUGUGAGGAGAAGACGGUCGGUUAGGCAAGUAGCCUACGCUGUGGGCAUGGACAAUGGAUACUUUAAGUCUGUCAGUGAACGCAGUGUCCUACACUGUGGCAGCCGAACCGCCCGCCACCCACGAUCCGUUUAAUGGACCCAUCGAGAACAUCGCGCCGUGGAACUUCACCAUCCUGGCAGUGCUCAUGUUUGUGGUCACCUCGUUGUCCCUGAGCGAAAACUUCCUCGUUAUGUAUGCCACCUUCAAGUACAAACAACUCAGACAGCCCCUGAACUAUAUUAUAGUUAAUUUGGCCAUCGCUGACUUCCUGGUCUCUCUCACCGGUGGAGUAAUAAGUUUCCUGACAAACGCUCGGGGUUAUUUCUUCCUUGGGAAGGGCGCUUGCGUUUUGGAGGGCUUUGCUGUUACUUUUUUCGGGAUCGUGGCCCUGUGGUCUCUCGCCGUGCUGUCCUUUGAACGUUUCUUCGUGAUCUGCCGGCCCCUGGGGAACAUCCGACUUCAACCGAAACAUGCCAUCCUGGGUCUGCUGUUCGUCUGGACCUUCUCCUUCAUCUGGACCUUCCCUCCGGUGCUGGGCUGGAACAGAUACACCAUAAGCAAGAUCGGAACCACCUGUGAGCCCGACUGGUAUUCAACCAACAUGAUCGAUCACAGCUACAUCAUCACUUUCUUCGCCACCUGCUUCAUUCUGCCUCUUGGAGUGAUAUUCUUCUGCUAUGGAAAGCUCCUGCGGAAGCUCAGGAAGGUGUCACAUGGUCGACUGGCCACUGCCAAGAAGCCAGAGAGGCAGGUGACCCGGAUGGUGGUUGUGAUGAUCGUGGCCUUCAUGGUGGGCUGGACGCCGUACGCAGUCUUCUCUCUGUUGGUCACAUCUCACCCGUCCAUAAAACUUGACCCCAGGCUGGCUUCCAUCCCCGCCUUCUUCUCAAAGACAGCUGCUGUCUACAACCCAAUAAUCUACGUCUUCAUGAACAAACAGUUCAGGAAGUGCCUAAUCCAGCUCUUUAGUGGCAGAGGAACCAUCCCAGAUGGCCACCUGGACCAGACCUCCGAGCGACCUGGAAUGAGUCAAACGGGAGAAAUGUCAGCUAUUGCCACGCACAUCCCCAUGAGUAGCACCGUGUCGCCCAGGUCCGACGAUUCUCCAACCGACUGUGUCUCGUUUGCCCAUCUGCCCAUCCCAGAGAACAAAGUGUGUCCAAUGUGAGGGGAAAAAAUGCAUCU